UGCAGAUCCAGAGUUGUGUUGGCUUCCUUGUUGGUGAAGGUCGUGGUAUCCGCCGCUCCUGCCUCUUCCUUGCUCUCUCUCUUCAGCUUCAGCUCUCUUCCUCGUCGAUCUCAAGAUGUAUUACAUAUUUAGAGAUAAUGUCCGCCGUUUGCUUAACAUCAACACUAUCAAAAUCGACAAUAUAUUCUUCUUCUUCCACUACAAAAUCACUAUGGUGUUACUGGUGGUGUUUGGUUUGCUGGUGACGAAGAAACAGUAUUUCGGUGAUCCUAUUGACUGUAUCGUGGACGCCGUCGACAGUGAUACAAUAGACAUGUACUGUUGGAUUCAGUCGACGUUCACCAUUCCCGCUCUGACUGGAGCGGGAAUCGGGGAGGAAGUGCCACAUCCUGGAGUGGCGACUCACGACUUCAUGAAGCACAAUAUGGAGAGCAAGUCGUACACCGUGAGGCACCACAAGUACUACCAAUGGGUCGUCCUCUUCCUUUCCCUACAGGCCUUCAUGUUCUACCUGCCUCGCUACAUCUGGAGGAGCUGGGAGGGUGGACGCGUGGCCAGCCUGGUGGGCGAGCUGCACCUGCCACUCGUCGAACCCAACUUGAGGCAGAAGCGACUUUCUGUGGCUGUGGAAUAUUUCACUCGCUACUUUCACCACCAUAACAUUUACGCCUUCCAAUUCUUCUUCUGCGAAAUUCUCAACUUUACCAAUGUGCUCGGUCAGAUUUACUUUACCGACAGAUUCUUGGACUACGGGUUCCUGAACUAUGGACCACGAGUAUCAAACUAUGAUGAAUCAGAGACCCACUCUGGCCAUGAUCCCAAGGAUGAGAUAUUCCCCAAAGUUGCCAAAUGCUCCUUCCACAAGUUUGGCCCCUCAGGUUCCAUCAUUCGCCAUGAUGCGCUGUGUAUUCUGCCACUCAAUAUUUUGAAUGAGAAGAUUUUCGCCUUCCUUUGGUACUGGUUCCUGGUGGUGGCCAUCAUCACUGCUCUGGGCCUGGUGUACCGGAUAGCAACCUUCCUGCCCACCUUUCGCACCUACCUGCUCAGGGGACGUUCACGUUUUGUGGCCAAGGAAAACAUUGAUCAUAUAUCCCAUAGAUGUUACAUUGGUGACUGGUUCCUUUUGUACCUACUAGCAAAAAACAUGGAUGCCUUUGUAUACAGAGAUUUCAUUCAGCAAUUGAGUCAACACUUGCCUGACAAAGAGAAAGUAUCCUAGAAGAGCUUGCUGAUAUUGUGAAAAAAAGGUGACCUAAAAGAGAGCAAAAUCAUGGAUCCUUGACUUGCUGGAUAGGUUUGCAAUACUGUACUUAUUGCUAAGAUGUUAUUGCAACAUGAAUCAAAACCAUUAACCGCUUCAGUACCAUGACGUGUUUUCAUAUUCAUUCUGCUUACGAUUUGACAAUUUUAUACAGCUUCAGAAACUUAUGUGGGGAUUAGAAUAGUGAAUACUUUGGCCUUUAAUUUUCUGACCUCCACAGACUUUUUGUAAUGUCAUUAAAAUCGUCUAAUCAUACGCAAAUCUCAAGGUAAAAAUACGUUCCGGUAUUGAAGGAGUUAAGGAACAAACAAUCCAAAUAUUUCCAGUGCUGUCUACAUAAGCAGGAUGAAAACUGCUGUUGGUAUUAACUAAAGGCAACUCUGUAUUAAUUGAACGCAUGAAUUAUAAAGCAAUACCUGAUAAGUACUACAUUCAAGAUCAGGAUUUGUUCAUAUUUUUUUUUCAAGAAUAUUAUGCAAUGCCACAAAAAAAAAAAAAAAAAAAUCAAUGCAUUCCUCUAUUUCUUCUCUUGGCUGUACUAUAUGUUAUGGUUUGCCAUAAUGGCUCACCCAUUUCCACCUUAUUUUGUUUUCCAUGUCUUUUGUUACACCCAUCAGCUGUAUUUCUCCCUUGUUGGAUGGGCAGCUGUUCAGCAUAAACCUUUGCCAAAUCAGUUAAUCAUGUGUUAUCCAUGAUUAUUACUACUAUAAAUGCAGUCCAUUCUUCUUGUCAAUCACACAACUGGUUUCAUUUAAAGUAAUACACAUCACUAAGUGAUUUAGUAUGAGUUGUUGUUAACCUAUUUAUUAGUGUUAGUGUAUAAGAUGAAUUCAAAACUUCUGUCAUAUUUUGUUAGUUGACUUUAGAAAUAAAAAGUGGAAGGAAAGUUAAA